UGAGAUAGUACUCUGACUGACAUUUUCAUCUGUCUGCUAACUGUGCAAGAAGGAAAAUAGUUUUGUUUUAUUGUUGCGAAAAAGUAAGAAGCACUGUCAGCGAUGGAAACCCGUUUGCUGAAGAAUCUCAAAAAUGAGACGCUUCCGGAACCGGCUUUUGUGGAGGUUAUCGUUAAAGAAGAACUGGAGGAUGAAUCGGAUGACUGGGAAACUCGAAAACCCAAAGAAGCAUCUCCCCGCAAGCAGUCGAAAACAACCAGCACAAACACGAAGAAGAUACCAGAAGCCCCGAAACCUCCGGCAGUGUACAAAAGAAGUCGCUACACUCAAGUAAUUCCAGAAGAUCUUGACCUUGCCAUCAUCAAAGAGUCAGAUCGAUUAGAAAUGCUCCAAAAAGGUUCGCCCAUUGAUUCAGUAAAAAUGGUACCACAGUGCCGCAUUUGUUUGCGCAGAGUUGCUCGCGAAAAUCUGAGCAUAAUACUUCCCCAUCAUAAGAAGAAAGCUCGCGUCGCUUUCCAGAUUCGUGUCUUUCCGCACGAUUCUUACCCAUUCAUUUGCAUCAAUUGCCAAAAUCUGCUGGACAUGUUUUUCGAGUUUAAAAUCGCAAUGAUAAAGGCGAAGAGUUUGCUCGUGAGUAAUAGAGCUUUCAUCGAAAGCAAUGGUUGGGAUGAUCAAGAAUAUAUAAAUUUGUUUGAGAAAUGCAAACAAGCUAUUGUGGUACAUCGUCAGCAAAUCGAUGCUUAUGAAGAGCAGAUAAAACCGCAGAAAGUGGAAUACGAAGAAGAACAUCUUGACGAGGAGGAGAGUGUUGUUGAGAAUAUUGUAGAUUUGCAUGAUGCAGGAAGCGUGCAACAACUGAUCAAGCCAGAAUGUGUUAUCAACGACGAUGAAAUUCCAACAUUAUCGAUCGACGGUACUAUCUCAGUGAAAGAAAUUGCACAUCCCGUAAUAGGAACAGAUGAGGAUAAUACUAAGCGGGAAUUAUCUUCCCCAGAGGGGGAUAACUCUAUGGACGAAGAUUAUGUAGUCGAUGAUGAUGAUGAUGAAGAUUAUAUUAUAGAAUUACCGCCUCCCAAAAAGCGUUCACCUGCGAAAAAGGAGAAGGUCAAGAAGGAGAGAACAGUGAAGGCCAAGAAGGAGAGAAAAGUGAGGGUCAAAAAGGAGAAAAAAGAUAAGACUACGCCGGUAGUCACUCGGCAGUUGUGUGAUCUCUGUGGAGAAUAUAUUCGACCUGAGUCGGUGGAAAGUCACGCAAACAAACAUUUAGGCAUCAAGCCGUAUGUAUGUUCGAUAGAAAAUUGUGAUGUCACUUUUUCUAGCAAGUACAACCUGAGCAAACACAUCAGAAAAUUCCACAAGCCAGGAGGUGUUGGAUCACACACUUGUAACAUCUGUGGCAAAGUAAUACAAGGAUCAAUUGGAGUUUUGAAGUAUCACCAGAAGAGGCAUAACGUUACUCAAAAAUCGCACGUUUGCCCGGUCUGUGGUAAAGGAUUUACCAUGAAAUGGUAUCUCACUCAACAUUCAAUUAUUCACACCGGAGAAUUUCCGCACAAGUGCAAAUAUUGCGGAAAGAGAUUCAAUAACAAGUGGAGUAUGAAAACCCACGAGAAGAAUAUCCAUGAAAAGAAAAAUCAGAUGCCGGUACAGUCGCAGAUAGAUGACAGUCAGCCGCAAACUGAAGAAGAAAAUCCACCAGGUAUUGAAGAGCAGCAGCAACAGAUCGCAGAACAGCAACAACGGCUACAGACUGCAGUGCUCCAAACUUGGAACCCGGUCAAUUGUCCGGGAACCAAUUCUCAAAACGUUUAUACAUUGAUUACUGAAGAAAAUAGUGGACAGUAAUAUUAAGAAUAUGAUAACAAAUAAACAGUAAGUUACAGUGA